AUGGUAAUGCCGUUGGCAGUGUACCCACCGGUAGAACAUGAUGUUUCACGUCACGAAUACACUGCACCGACCAACCAGAUGAUGAUGGUGAAGACGUCAAUGAAGAUGCCUCCACUGCCGCCGCCGUUGUUGGACGACGAGCUUGAACAGGAUCUUCUGCUAAUGCCAGCCUGGAAACGAACAGAUGGGCAGGAGAUCGUUUAUGUGAUUCAUAGAAAUCGGGCAGUCACUCGUGAAGUCUACGAAGAUGGAGUGAAGAAGACUGCUCGUUAUGCCGGCGAAUUUGCCGACGUCAACUAUGAGCCAUGGAUAGUUUUUGUCAACUAUUUACCAAUAGAGGACAGCAAUAUCAUUGAGGAGAUGAAGUGCACGCAACCUGCACAUCGCGGUCAUAGUCCCCAGUGCGGAUACCUUCCAGACGAUUAUGCUGGAGGUUACCUGCGGAAAAACCAAGACUUGCUCGAGAAGAAACUCACUGAAUUGGCUGCAAUACGUGAAAGCCAGGAAUGA